GAGAAUGUUAAUAUAUUUAUAUAUUUACAUUUUUAUUAAGAUUCUCUGACAAUUUAUUAUUAUUAACAAAAAUUAAAUCAUCAAACUCAAUCGGUAAAAUUCCUUGCGCUACCUAGCGUUAAUUUUAUUUUAGUAUUGACAAUCAGAUGUUCCUCCUCUUGACGAAUUGUAAAUUUUAUACGUACAUAUUUUCUGAUAUUUUGCUGCUGAUAUUGUGAAAAUUGUAUAUUGAUAAAUAAUUUAUAAAAGCAGUUAAUUAACUAAAAUAGCAGAUAAUUUAGACACAGAACUGACACCGUUAGCUGCCGCAGACGUCUGUUGUAGCCAUAAAUAACGAAAGUAAACAUGGGUUAUCAGACAAAAUGCAAAUUUCUAAUUCUUCAAACACUGCUGAUAGCAUUGGUGGCGGCCAGAAAACAUCACCUAGAAGUUCGCCAUGAUGUACGGUCAUAUAUAGCUUUGAGCACAUUCGGUUUCUAUAUUGGUGGACAUUUGGAUGUGCAGUUGAGUAAAUUGCAUAUAGAAGAUGAGAAUGAACAAGAUUUGUUUGGCCUAACGUUAGAUAAAACUACAAUAGAUCAAUUAAAUCCAUACUUGGACUCGCAUCAAAACAAAUGUAUACUAGAGGAACCCUCGGAAAUGCAACGCAGCGGACCAAUUUUAAUAUUUUUAUUGGACUUAAAAAACCUGCUUAUAAGAGUAAAAUGUUCGCCGGAGUGGAAAAAUCAACACAUUGUACGCAACCACGAUGAGCUGCCUAUGUACCGUGGAAAGCGUUACUCUAAACUUAGCGAUUCAACAAUCUUCUUACAACGCCGCAGGCGUAGUGAUGACGCGGCUGUGGCACCGGGUGAAGAAAACGAUAUACCAUUGGAGGAACGUGAAAUGCUGGGUGACGAUGAUUCGGUUGAAGUGCCACAAAUAAUUUUGAAGCCAUCAUCACCAUUGCCAGCUGUUAACGCACCAAUACCGACAAAAGUUGCAGAGUCAGCGGGUGCCGCAGUUGCUGCCAAAACGCCACUAGCAGCAGCUGCUAAUAAAGAAGCUGUAGAAUCUGUUGCGCCAGCCGAAAACCCUUUUCCACACGAGGAAAAGGUCGCACCUGCAUUUAUGUCAACGCAAAUUAAUUUCGAUGAUAAUGCGCAGUUUGAGAUUUGCAGAAACUACACAAUGCCAUUGACAAAGCGAGUUAUUGAUGGUAAAGUGUAUUAUAAUAUGUCGUUUUCCAUGCUGGUGGCUACCUUGCAUGAUGAGGGUCUCUACAACCUGCAUUUCCACGCCUGCCCCAACUACAGGACAUUAAAGGAGAUUUCAUUCGAUGUAGACAUUGAGGAGAAAAAUGAUAAUAAUUUCCUUUCCGCUGGUGAAAUGCCGCUUCCCGCUCUAUAUUCAAUGAUGAGCGUGCUAUUUUGCUUGUCAGGCUUCUUCUGGAUCUUCAUUUUGAAGAAGAGCAAGCACAACGUUCACAAACUGCACUACAUAAUGGCUUUAUUGGUGUUCCUUAAAUCGCUGUCGCUCAUGUUCCACGCCAUUAACUAUCAUUUUAUCGAAAUACGCGGUGAACACGUUGAGGCUUGGGCGAUUUUGUAUUACAUUACGCAUCUGCUGAAAGGCUCCGUCUUAUUCAUCACAAUUGUGCUUAUGGGCACCGGCUGGACAUUCAUUAAACCCAUACUUUCUGAUAAAGAUAAGAAAAUCUUUAUGAUUGUCAUACCGCUGCAGGUACUUGCCAACGUCGCUGACAUCAUAAUUGACGAGUCCGAAGAGAGUGACAUUGAGUUUCGCACUUGGCGCAAUAUUUUCAUUUUCGUUGAUCUGCUCUGUUGCGGCGCCAUACUUUUCCCGAUUGUCUGGUCCAUACGCCAUUUGCAUGAGGCAUCAGCAACCGAUGGCAAAGCAGCCAUCAAUUUGCGCAAACUCAAACUUUUCCGUCAAUUUUAUAUAAUGAUAGUUUGUUAUAUUUACUUCACACGCAUCAUUGUGUAUCUGCUGAAGAUGACCGUGGCAUUCCAGUAUGCUUGGUUGGAUGAGAUGUUCCAUGAAAUGGCAACAUAUGUGUUUUUCGUUUUGACUGCUUAUAAAUUUCGCCCGACUUCAUCACAUCCAUACUUUUCGGUGCGCAAUAUGGACGAUGACGAAGUGGAAGUACUUACAGAAUCUGGUCUCACAGAGGGCUUACAUCGCACGAAGGCGCUUAACCGCACCGUAUUGCCACCAGCUGGCUCUACUCUACUUAAAAGCUCAGCUGAAGAACGUGAGAAUUUGAUAACGAAACGUGAAUCGAGUCAUGAGUACGAUUAAAGCGCGUAAGCAAGGUGAAGACAAGUCGAAGUGUGUGGAAGUAAGAAAGUAGCUGUGCAUUUUUUUUGGAACGAAGUUUAUGCGUCGGAUGUACAUAUAUGUAUGUUACCAGUAUGGAAUGUCUUGCAUUCUGAGUUUACAUUCAAAUUUCCUUUUUUUUUUGUUUCUGAAUUUUUUUGUUUUGAAAUAUGCAUAGGCAUUUUAUAUAAUAUUGGCAGUUUGUUUAAGCACACUGCCUUAUAAUUAUGAUACUAAACAUUAUUUUAGAUAAUUUUUAUAACUGAUUUAUGAAGCAUGCAAUUAAGCAAUAAACUAGAUAUAUAUUUCAGAAUCAGUUUUGCAUAAUUUGUUUCCAUCAAGCUCUUGCAGUGCCAAUUGAAAUGAAAGCAGUUAAAUAUUUUAAUAUUUUUCCAAACAAGACCGUGAAACAAAUUUGGAAAUUGAGCAGUUGUGCUGCCAAUUAAUAUUAUGUGGAGUAUAUUUUGACACCUUUCACUCGCAGCCUACCUUCACGCAUUAGGCGAACUUAAUCGCGCUAUAUUUUUUAAAAUUUAUGUAUUUUUUUUUUUCUUUUUAGUCUUUUAUUUUGUAUGUAUUUCGUUUUUAUUUAUUAUUAUUGUAUUUUAUGUGUUUUGUUAUUUUGUUUUUUUGUAUUUAUUUUAUUUUUAGUUUUUGUUUGUAUUUCCUUUUUCUUUUGUACAAUACUUAUAUAACUUUUUUUGUAUUUUUUAUUCUAUUUAUUUAUUUUUUUUUUUUACCUUUUUUAAUGUAAUUUUUUUUAACAUUUUUUUUUUUUUUUAAUUAUUAAUUUAAAAUAAAUAAAAAUGAAAUUUGAUUUUUUUAUAUUUAUUUAAUUUUUUUUUUAUAUUUAUUUAAUUUAUUUUUUUUAAUUUUUUUAAAUUAUUAUUUUUAUAUGUUAUAUAUUUUUUUUAUUUGGUUUUUCUUUAAAUAUUUUUUUAUUUUAUUUAUAUUUUUUUUCUAAUUUUUUUUAUUUUUAUUUUUUCUUAUUUAUAUUUGUUUUUCUUAUUUAUUUAUAUGUAUAUAGUUUUUUUUUAUUUAAAUUUUUUUAUAUUUUAUUUCGGUUUUAAAUGUUUUCUUAAUUAUUUUAAACCAAUUUAAUAGUAAUUCCAAUGCAACGUAGUUCAGAUAACGCUGAGAUGUUGCAAAUAUUUUAUUCUAUAUACACACAAAACACAUAAAAUUUCUAUGCGUUCAUAAUAUAUUAGUGGCUAAGUACAUAUAUAGUACAUACAUACAUGCAUAUGUAUAGUUUUUAGUUUAAGUAAUGCGUAUAAGCUUUAAAAACAUCGUAACACUCGUAAAAUUGCUGUUUAGGUAAAUACCUUUGUGCAUACAAAUUAAAGCAACUUUGUUGUACAUACAUACAUUCACAGUAUUUAAUGCUUUUACUGUGUCGUAUUUAUAAAUUUUUGAAUUUCGGCAUAAAUUGUAUGAAAAAUACCAUGUACGUUGUUAUAGAGCCGACAAUCUGAAAAUUUAAAAAAAUAUUUCUAAAAAAAUGUUGUUUAUAUAUAGAGGACUACUUAAAAUAUUUUGGAGCUAUUUAAGAUAUACAUAUAUACCAUAAAUCUAAUAGUUUUUGAGUUCUUGAGUCCGAAGCUGAAUACAUAUUUAGUAUACUAUAAAAUAUAACAAAUGCGCUCAUAAUUUUAAAUUUUAUACAAAUUUUUGCUUCGUAAACCAAAGAGUAGAAAAGAGAGUGAAGUAACGCCCGAACAUUUUUUUUUUUUGGUUUUCAUUCUUCGCAGCACAAAGAAUUUUUCAAAAAGGUUGGAAGUGGAGAACCGAAGUGGCAAAAAUAUGUAUCUGUUCCGACUUCACCGAAUCAAAUUUGACUAUGCUAUUGUGAGAUCGUUGUUACGUUGUCAAAAAUUAAACGGCACUACAGUAAAAAAUGAGAUUUAUCCAAUGAAAAUAUUCACCAACUUAACUUUCUCAGAGACAUACAACUAACUUAUAACUAAUUCAAAUACUCUCUAAAGAACAACACAAAUUUGGUGUGAAGACCUCAAUGUUUGCUAAUUAUUCGUUAAAAUCGAAACUUCGGACUCAGAGUUGAAAAAAUUUAUCGAUAUUUUUUUGGUUUUCUUUUUGUAGUUUUAUGUAAAUAUUAAUCUACUUGAUUUUCAUUUCUAUUUCAUUAACUAAUUAUUAUUUUUUUGUGAACUUACACUGACUAGCAUUUUUCCAUCCAAAGCGGAUAUACCCAAGCCAUCAAUACGAAUUUUCUGAUGUAAUAUUUGUAGCGAGAAAUUUUGUAUCUGAAAAUAAAGAAUUCCACUUAAGCACGAAAUCUCAAAA